UACUUAUUACACGUGGACUGUCAUGGCGUCCAAAGCAAAUUCUAUCCUUUCCUCUUUUAGGAGGUUUCUAGUCCCCCAUAGACAUCAAUUUUAUAGGAUGACUUCUGUUGCUUCUACUACUACUCCAGUUUCUACAGUACAAGAACAGGCUCCUCCCUAUAGAGAGUUUUAUGGUCGUUGUGAGCAAGUGAAGACGAGCCCACAGAAGCUGAAUCUUGUUGCUAAAGUGAUAAGGCGAAUGAAGGUUGUAGAUGCUUUGGUUCAAUUAGAAUAUUCGGAUAAGAAAGUGGCUACUUUUAUCAAAGACACAAUAAAAGAGACCCAGAGGAAUGCUAUUCAGAUACACAAAGCCAAUCCGGACAACCUCUAUGUGUCUGCCUCUUAUGUUGGCAAAGGAACUUACCUCAAGCGUAUCCGAUACCAUGGGAAGGGUCAAUCAGGGAAAAUGUACAAGUAUUAUUCUCAUUAUUUCCUGAAGCUACGGGAGGGACCUCCGCCUGUUAAGAAGAAGAAGAGUAAAGAGGCCCAGGGUUGCUAUGCUACAAGGAGACUCAUACAGAGAGGACCCAUUACUAUACCUAACUGCCUUUGAUUGGAUUCAUAUCAUUCACUCAUAGUCAUUGAGUGUAUGAUUGAUACCUAACUGCCUUUGAUUAACACUUGACUCAGUUGUAUCACGUAUUGUUUGUGAACUGGAACUGUAGAUGUGACAUCAAAUGUACUGUAUACUAUCAGAUUGUUAAUAGUGAAGCAUUAUAGAUUGCA